GGAAAACUUAAUGCACCACUAAGGAAGGGUUUGAAAAAUUCACAGAAAUUCUACUGCUGUCCCAUUGAAGGCUGCCCUAGAGGACCAAACAGACCAUUUUCCCAAUUUUCUCUUGUAAAACAGCACUUUAUGAAAAUGCAUGCUGAAAAGAAGCACAAAUGUGAUAAAUGUAGUAACUCCUAUGGUACAGAAUGGUAUUUGAAGCGGCACAUAGAGGUCUGUGGCAAGACUUUCCAGUGUACUUGCGGGUGCCCGUACGCCAGCAGAACAGCACUGCUGUCCCAUAUUUACAGAACUGGCCAUGAAAUUCCUGCAGAACACAGGGAUCCUCCUAGUAAGAAAAGGAAAAUGGAAACCUCUGUACAUAAUCAGCAGUUGGCAGAGAAAGCAAAUGAAGCAUUCAUCAAUACACACAAUAGUAAUCCUGCUGCUCAGGAGCUGGAGUCCUCUGAAGUGAAAAUAGUGGCCUCUCUGGAAGGUUCCUGCAGUUCUAACUUCACGAACCAAACGCAGCCAAAAUGUACACCGAAGAUGCUUUUACCAAAGCCCAAGGUGGCUUUGGUUAAACUUCCAGUGAUGCAGCUCACUCACUUGCCCAUAUAUGUAUCUGCAACUGACUCUUCUGUCAAACCUGCUGUGGUAGCUGUUGAUAAUCGGGGUUCAGUUGUAAGUACUGUUCAUUUAUUGCCUCAAUCUAUAGGAAUUCUGAUUCCGGCACUGGAGGCAGAAACACUUGUAUUUAAGGAUAGCAUGCCUGUUUCAAAAGUGACAAAUUCUGGUGAUCGUGAACCAGUAAGUACUGGUGUACAAGUUGAGUUGGAUAAGGUUACAUUGAAUAACACAGGGCAAGAGCUGGGGAAUGUUUGUCACAAGAAUAAAAUUUCUUCAAUAAAUAUACAGACUGACUUAUCUUACAUUUCCCAGAACUUUGUACCAGCUGCAGCCUGGACUCCCAGUUCUUCUGUAUCCUCUUGCUCUCAGACAGAUCUGUCGUUCAGUUCACAGGUUUCGUUACCCAUCAGUGUACAAACACAGACGCUGCUCCCUGCUUCCAAACUGACUUCAUCCAUAGCUGCUCAGACUGAUGCUUUUAGUCAGGUUUGUUUUCCAGCGUGUGGCAUUUCUAGAGAGACUCAAACCAGUACCAGUAGGACACAGGACUCUGUUGAUGGACGAGUGCAAAUGGACCAGGCCGUAAUGUGCAGCGACAUCUUUGACAAUGUUCAUUCGUCAUAUAAUGUCCCCACUCACAUUGAACUUCCAGGAAACAAUUUAAUGCCUGCAAAUAUCGAUCAAACCUUGCUGCAAAGGAGUAAUGGCAAGAGCCUGAAUCAAGAUGCAGUGAAGUCUGAAUCCCUUAUCAGUUUCAAUGCACAGACUAAUAUACUCCCACCUCAAAAUACAAUGGAUAAUCAAACCCAGACAAUGGACUUACUAAGUGAUCUGGAAAACAUCUUUUCAGGAAACAUGUCUGGCCAGACACUGGAUAAUCGUGGCCUUUUGUCUGAGACAAGUUCUAAUGCUGACACGCAUUUGCCGUCUGGUCCAUCACAGAGCACAGGGAUAGACUUUGACAUUGAAGAGUUCUUUUCAGCAUCCAAUAUCCAAACUCAGACUGAAGAGAGUGAGCUUGGUACCCUAAAUCCUGAGCCAGUUUUGGAGUCACUGGACAUUGAAACUCAGACUGAUUUCUUAUUUUCAGAUAGUGCCACUCAGUCAUAUAGCUGCCGAGGAAAUUCCAGCUUCCUGGGUUUGGAGAUGUUUGAUACACAGACACAGACAGACUUGAAUUUCUUUUUGGACAGCAACACCCAUCUGCCUUUAGGAAGCAUUCUCAAGCAGUCUAGUUUCUCCAUGAGUACUGACUCGUCUGAUACUGAAACCCAGACAGAAGUAUAUCCGGCUACUAAAAAUAUACCUACUCAGAAUAUCGAAAGCAAAGUCCAGCUCAGCAGUGCUGAAACACAGACUAUGGAUAGCUGCUUUGAGAAUCUGGGGAGUUUGUUCCUUACCAGCAACGAGACACAGACAGCAAUGGAUGACUUUCUUCUGGCUGACUUAGCCUGGAAUACAAUGGAGUCCCAGUUCAGUUCAGUAGAAACACAGACCUGUGAAGAGCUGUGCUCCUUGUUUCAGAGCUCUGACAAGCCCAGCCAUUGAGUACUACGUCAUAUGACUGUUUCCUGUGGUUUGAAAUUAAGUUAUUGGGGUAGGAGAGAUGACUUGACCAAGUAUAUCCACUUUCCAUUAUUGAAUGUAGUUACUGUGAGCAGUUGGCCUGAGAGACUUUUCAUGCUGAAGGUACUCUGUUGAUUAUGUAACUUUACAUAAGCUAUGUGUGUAUAAACAGGGGGGAAAGGGGGGCUGUAAAUAUGUUAAUGUACAUUUGAACCUUAAAAAAAAAUUAUGUGG